UUUAUACAAACUAUAUAUGCAUAUUAUUAAUAUUAUUAUUUAUAGAUCAAAUUAAUUACCUUAUAAUGCUCUGUUUCCAAUUUUUCUAGUCUUACGUUAAUUUUGUAAUACAAAAUUAUAAUAAUUUAUGCAGUUUUUAAAAUCGAUAUAGAAGAACGAAUAAAUUAAUAAAUAAAUUUACGAUUUAAAUGAAGAAACUGAAAAAGAUUCUGAAAAAGAUUCUGAAAAAGAAAAUUAAACACUUAUGGAAGAUCGAAGGUCAGAAUUGAGAUUACUACCGAUUCUUAUAUCAAAAAUCAUCAACGUUUCUCUCUUUUAUGGUAAACAUGUCGACCUCGUUAUCAAUAUCAGUUUUUUUUUACGAUAUACUUCCACUUUCUGUACGAUGAGUUUGGAUAGAGAAUGUUUCUUCCAUCGUUAGCUUAUUCAGUUUUAGACUUUCGAUACGCGCGUCAAGUGUUUCACGAAUAUCAAAAUUUGUAUUUAAAAUAAAUUCUUUUUUAUUAUAUUAUAAGUAAUAAUAUAUUUAUAUAGUGUUAACAUAAAGAUUUAUAUGCAUGCACGCAUGCAUUCUUUGUUAUUCGGUGUUCUAUUUUAUUAGUGCAGAAAAGUUAAGAAAAAAAGAUUUAUUCAUUCCAAAGAUGAAAUUUGCGAUAAUCGGUGCAGGAUCGGCUGGUUUAGUUGCUCUACGACAUUUCACUUCUAGUAAUUACAAAGAUGAAGUUGUUUGCUACGAGAAAACCGAAGAAAUCGGUGGUACUUGGGUUUACAGAGAAGAAACCGGUUUGGGUCGGUACAAUUUACCGAUUCAUACCAGCAUGUAUAAAAGUUUGAGGACGAAUUUGCCGAAAGAAGUAAUGGGGUUUCCUGAUUUUCCGAUACCAGAUCGAACAGAAAGUUAUUUAACGCGCAGUGAAAUACUUAAUUUUCUUAAUUCUUAUUGCGAUUAUUUUAAACUGCGACGAUACAUUCGCUUUCUUUAUAACGUCAUCAAUGUAGAACCGAUCUCGGGUGAUCACAAAUGGUCGGUCAAGAUCAAAGAUUUAAAGAAUAAUAUUGUUGAAAGUAAAACAUUCGAUGCAAUUAUGGUUUGUAAUGGUCAUUACUUCGAACCUUUUAUACCGAAUUUAAAAGGAAAAGAUAUUUUUCAAGGAAAUCAACUGCACAGUCACGAUUACAGAGUACCGACCAUUUUUAAUGAUAAAACUGUCGUUGUCAUUGGUGCUGGUCCUUCUGGUAUGGAUUUAGCACUUGAAAUAUCUACAAAAGCGAAACGCGUAAUUUUAAGUCAUCAUUCAAAAGAUACGAUAUUGACUAAAUUUCCCGAUAACGUGGUCCAGAAAACGGACAUCGUAGAAUUGACUGAACACGAUGCAGUUUUUAAAGAUGGCAGUAAGGAAAUAAUCGACGUUAUAUUCUAUUGUACAGGAUACAAAUACAGUUUUCCAUUUCUUUCGGAAAAAUGUGGAAUUCGGGUUGAUUCCAAUAUGGUAACUCCACUUUGGAAACAUCUUGUUUCUAUUGAAAAUCCUACUCUUGCUAUUGUGGGAUUACCAUUUUAUGUUUGUGCAUUUAGUAUGUUUGAUUUGCAGGUACGAUUUCUUCAACGUUUUUGGCACGGAGAGAGAACAUUUCCAGAGAAGACUAAAAUGUUGGAAGAAGAGUCGAAAGAAUUGGAAAAGCGUAUUAAAAAUGGAUUGAAUAAAAAACAUUUUCAUCAGAUGGGAGUUGAUCAAGGUCAAUAUUACGAUGAUUUGGCAAAUACAGCUGGUAUAAUUCCGCUACCACCGGUGUUGACGAAGUUGCAUAAUGAAAGUAGUAAGCGGUUUUUGGAAGAUUUAGUGCAUUACCGAGAAGAUAGAUAUAAAAUUAUUGACGAUUAUAACUUCAUACAACUUUGAAGAUAUAUUUUAUACAAAAUAGGAAAAAGAAACAAGAUUUCUUUUUUUUUUUCGUAAAUAAAAGGAUUCGAUGGAAUAGAAUUAAUUAGAAACAAAGAGAUAUACAGAAGAGAAGAUUAAAUAAUUAAACGAUGAAGGUUCAUACACAGAUUUAAACUGUACGUUAUAAACAAUAUGUUUUAUUAGUGUAAAAUGAAGACGAAAAUAUUAUAAGUACUUAUAACUACACAGUACCAAUACAUAAAAAAUCUUUUCUCGUAAUAUUCUUAUGAAUGUUUGAUUUAUAGCAGUGCUUCUCAAAGCGUGACUCGCGAUCCCGUACGGGGUCGUAGAAAUUUUAGUAAAAUUAAAAAAGUUGGUAUAUUUGGUUGUCUUUUAAUACGUGGUAAAAUUAUAUUUCUACGUAUAUCCAAAAAAUUGUUUUCUAAUAAGUUGUUAUUUAUGAUUUUAUUAUCGGCAAAUGUUUUAAUUCGUAUUCCUAGUUUUAUACACCUCUACACCCGGGAUUGGGAAAAUAUUUUCUCGGGGAAAGUGGGUGUCGUCAAGCAACAAAAUUUGAGAAACCUUGAUUUAUAGAACUUGAAAAGAUUUGUUAUGAGGUAUCGGAUAAAUCCGAUUUUUGAUUUUAAAAUGAAAUCGCGUUUUUAUUUUUUUGCGGUAGUUGUUUUCUUUUUUCCCCCCAUUACUUGCACAUACAAAAAUAAGUUACAAAUUAACAAUCGAACGUUCAAACGUCUAAAUAUUGUUUCUUUUUAUUUCGACGAGAUUUCAAAUAAAUGAUAAAUCACUUUUGAAUAGCGACCAAAAAGAAUCAACGUUAUGUAACGUGUACAAUGAUAAGAAAAAUAAUAAUCCUGUGUUUUUACAUUAAGUUUAAAAUUAACAGCACGUUUUCUGCAUUUUUCUUUUUAAAUAAUUUUGCCUCAAACGCGUAUAUUUUGUGUAAAAUAUGAAACUAAGACUAAGACUAAAAGGGUGUGGGUUGGGAGAUGUCUGUUACCGAAUUAAUAAAAAAUCAAGUAACAAUAAUGAAAGAAGCACAAGAUUAAUAUGAAGAGAUAAUAAAAAAAGAAAACAAGCUGCCCGAUUUAAAUACUAUAAAUUAUACCUCAAUAUUUAUAUAUAUAUAUAAUU